ACAGCUAGCGCUUCAUCUGCAGGUUGCAUUGUGUCGGCUGCACAAGAUCGACCGACCAAUAGCUGAUUACCUAACCUAGCAUCGAUCGAACUCAAACCUUCCCAAAUUAGUUCCUCCUCGACUGCCAGCUACUGCUAAAACAAACUAGUAGUAGCACGCGCGCGCAAUGAAGCAAAAGAUGGUGAUCAAGGUGAGCAGCAUGUCAUGCGAGAAGAGCCGGUCCAAGGCCAUGGCGAUGGCCGCGAGAACAACCGGGGUGAUCUCGGUGGAGAUAACCGGCGACGGCAGAGACAUGCUGGAGGUGGUCGGCGACGGCGUGGACCCGGUGUGCCUCGUGUGCCGCCUGCGCAGCAAGAAGCUCGGCCACGCCCAGAUCGUGAAGGUGGAGGAUGUUAAGGACAUGCCCAAGGAGAAGAAGCCCCCGCCGGCCGUGCCCGUGUGCCCGCCGCCGCACUGCUACCCCGGUUAUUAUUACCCGCAGCACAUGGUCGUCUGCGACGAGCCGGCCAGCGGUUGCGCCAUCAUGUAAUUCACAUGGACCAGUUAAUUCCACCUUGCAUGCUUUAACUUUGGUCAGCGAGAAAAGAAUACAAGAAGGGAAAGAAAUAAAAUGGUACUACUGUAAUAAAUGGAGAAGGAAAGAAAUAUAAUCAAAUAAAUGGCGUAGAUUUAUACA